AUGAUGAAGAAUCACAAGAAAGGAAAAGUUCCAAAAGGAAACAAAGGUUGGCCUUUACUUGGAGAAACUCUUGAUUUCAUUGCUUGUGGAUACACCUCUAAUCCUCUUAGCUUCAUGGAAAAACGCAAGUCUUUGUACGGUAAAGUGUUCAAGACGAGCAUAUUAGGAAGUUGUGUGAUUGUGUCAACAGAUCCAGAGAUAAACAAAGUGAUUCUACAAAAUCAAGGAAACAUUUUCAUCCCAGCUUAUCCAAAAUCAAUUAGAGAACUAAUGGGAGAAAACUCUAUACUUCAAAUGAAUGGGAACAUGCAUAAGAAACUUCAUUCACUCCUUGGAGGUUUUCUUCGUUCUCCACAAUUCAAAGCUCGAAUCACAAAAGAUAUUCAGCAAACAGUUAAACAAUGUUUAGCUACUUGGACUCACCACCAACAAAUAUAUGUUCAAGAUCAAGUUAAAAAGAUUACAUUUACUAUUUUGGUGAAAGUUCUGAUGAGCAUUGACCCCGGUGAAGAUUUAUCUAUAUUGAAAAGCGAAUUUGAAGAGUUCAUCAAAGGAUUAAUUUGCUUGCCCAUUAAGUUUCCCGGAACAAGACUCUAUAAAUCCUUGAAGGCUAAGGAGAGAAUGAUGAAGAUAGUGCAGAGGAUAAUAGAGGAAAGGAAUGGUGAUAAUAAACAUAAGGAUUGUGUAGCAAAUGAUGUAGUGGAUGUACUUUUAGAGGAGAAUAAAGGUGAGAUGAAGAAAAUGAGUGAGAAUAUAAUUGAGAUGAUGAUUCCUGGUGAAGAGACUCUUCCUACUGCUAUGACCAUGGCUGUCAAGUUUCUUAGUGACUCUCCUCUUGCUCUAUCCAAAUUACUGGAAGAGAACAUGGAAUUAAAGAGGAACAAGAGUUGUUCUAACGACUAUACAUGGACCGAUUACUUGUCAGUGCAGUUUACUCAAAAUGUAAUCAGCGAAACUCUUAGAAUGGCAAAUAUUGUCAAUGCCAUAUGGAGAAAAUCUAUCAAAGAUGUAGAUAUUAAAGGAUAUCGAAUUCCUAAGGAUUGGUGUGUUGUGGCAUCUCUUACAUCAGUUCAUUUAGAUGGCAUCAACUAUGAAAAGCCUUUUGAAUUUGAUCCAUGGAGAUGGGAGAAUAUUGAAGCUGGAACUAGAAACAAUUGUUUUACACCAUUUGGUGGAGGACAAAGAUUAUGUCCAGGGAUAGAACUCUCUAGGCUAGAGCUCUCUAUUUUCCUUCACCAUCUAGUUACAACUUACAGAUGGGUUGCUGAGAGGGAUGAAAUUAUUUACUUUCCAACUGUAAAGAUGAAAAAGAAACUCCCAAUUAGUGUGACACCGUUAACACUUGAUUGA